AUGUUUGUGCCGACGAAGGAGCUAGUCAAUGAGGCUGUGAUUUCUCCAGCUGAGACAGAAAAGGAAAUCAACGUUUUUAAGCAACAAAACGAUCCUACGCCCGAACAGAUGGAAGCUCUUAUUGACAAAUUACAGUCAACUGCAAGGAAACCUCCCCAAGCAGUUUAUGUUACUUCUGAGUCUCCAUCUGGGAGUGAUAAUGACAAUUCAAAAGCCUCCUUACUGCCACGAAAGCGAAAACGUAGAGAUCCAAGGCCGAGAGUGCUUUCUACUGAACCAGUACAACAUCCCUCUCAGAUUGUUGAGCCCGCUCAAGUUACUCAUGAUGUUCAAAGGUCCGAUUAUUGA